AUGUCUGAAGUACCAGAUAAACAAUUACAAGAAGAUGGUUUUUAUUUACCUCAUCAUGCAGUGAUAAAAGAAGAAAGCCAAACAACAAAAGUACGAGUCGUGUUCGACGGCUCAGCCAAGGGUUCCAAGGGUCAUUCGCUCAAUGAAUUGCUACAUGUUGGCCCAACAAUACAGACAGACAUUUUCUCAUUACUACUUCGAUUUAGAUUACACCAGUACGUACUGACUGGUGACAUUGAGAAAAUGUACAGACAAUUUUUAGUACGUCCACAAGAUAGAAAAUAUCAACGUAUUUUAUGGAGAAAUACGUCUGGUAUUAUCAAAACAUAUGAAUUAAAUACUGUAACAUUUGGUCUUGCUCCAUCACCAUUCCUAGCUAUACGAUGUCUACAUAAAUUAGCUGAUGAUGAACAAGAAAAUUUUCCUAUAGCAUCAGAAAUACUCAAGAGAGAUCUAUAUGUCGAUGAUCUUUUAACUGGUACACAAACACUUGAAGAAGCAAUUAAAUUGAGGGAUGAAUUAAUUCCUUUAUUACAACAAGGUAUGUUAAAUAUACGCAAAUGGGCUUCCAAUGAGCCUAGACUAUUAGAAGGCCUUCCAGAGGCUAACAAAAAUUUACAAUUACAAUUUAAUGACUCCAGUGCAAUAAAAACUCUCGGUGUUUACUGGAGAUCUACUACAGAUACAAUUGUUUACACAGUUAAAACAAUUACGUUUGACGAAAUUACAAAACGCAAAAUUUUUUCUGAAAUUGGAAAAAUCUUUGAUCCUCUUGGACUUCUUGGUCCAGUUGUUAUGACAGCAAAAAUAGUUAUGCAACAAUUAUGGAGUAUAAACAUUGACUGGGAUGAACCUGUCCCAUCACCAAUUAAAGAUGAAUGGUUAACAUUUUAUAACCAAUUACAACUUUUAAAUGAUUUAUCUUUUCAAAGACAUACAAUAUUAAAUGAUACAACAAGUAUACAAUUACAUGGCUUUUGUGAUGCCAGUGAAAAAGCAUAUGGGGCUUGUAUUUAUCUCAGGUCCAUUGAUAAAAAAGGUAAAGUUUACACACAACUUUUGUGUGCCAAAGGGCGCAUAGCUCCUCUCAAGACACUAUCAAUCCCUAGAUUGGAAUUAUGUGGAGCAUUAUUACUUGCUUCGCUUUAUACAACAAUAAUUAAAGCAAUACACAUAACAAUAGAUGACACAUAUUUGUGGUCAGAUUCUACAAUUGUUUUACACUGGCUAAGAAAAGAGCCAAGUGUUAUGAAAACAUUCGUGGCAAACAGAAUUGCCAAAAUACAAGAAAAAACAAAAACAACACAAUGGUGCCAUGUACGUACACAUGACAAUCCAGCUGACCUGAUUUCAAGAGGUCAACUACCUGAAGAAUUCAUCAAAACAACAACAUGGCAACAUGGGCCGUCUUGGCUGUGUGAAGAUCCAGAUGGCUGGCCGAAAUUCGAGAUGACCGAGGGUUGCAGUCUACCUGAGCUCAAGGUCAACACAUGUCUCAACACAACGACAAGUUCAACACAACCGCAAGUAAAUACAAACAAUAAAAAUGAUUACAAUAUUUCAACUCGUUAUUCAUCUUGGAAUAAAUUACAAAAUGUCAUUGCAUAUUGUCUGCGAAUGAAAACAAACAACAAGAAUACUGCCACAUUAUAUGCUGUAAGACAACAAUAUUGGCCAAUUGACGGUCGCAAUCAAGUAAGUAAAAUAAUACGCACUUGUACAACAUGUCUACGAGCACAGCCUCGUACAAUUGAUUACCUGAUGGGUAAUUUACCAAAAGCAAGAAUUAAUGAAGCAAUUCCAUUUACAAUAGUUGGGGUUGACUUUUGUGGACCUUUUUUAGUCAAAGAAAAGAAAGAAAGAAAUAGAAUUAAAGUUAAAAUAUACGUAGCAGUCUUUGUAUGUCUCGUCAUCAAAGCUGUACAUCUAGAAAUGGUCAGUGAUUUAACUACAGAUUGUUUUAUUGCUGCUUUAAAAAGAUUUGUUGCAAGACGUGGUUACCCGACUGAUAUUUAUUCAGACAAUGGUUUAAAUUUUCAAGGGGCCAACAAUGAAUUGAUUAAACUGCAAGAUCAAUUAAAAUCAAACGAUGCACAAAAUAAAGUACAAGAAUUUUUUAACACAAAAAAAAAUUCAAUGGCAUUUUACGCCACCACUUUCUCCACAUUUUGGCGGACUUUGGGAAGCCGCAGUCAAGUCAUUCAAACAUCAUUUUAA